CGGGUGCCCGCAGGAUGGGCGGCAGAGCCGGCUUCUUCGAGGUGGAAAUCCUUGACUGGGAGACAAAGAAACAGCUAUGCUUCCUAGAUAAGGUGGAACCAAAUGCUACAAUUAGAGAGAUCAGAUUGAUGUUCCAUAAAUUAUAUCCCCGGUGGUACCCAGCAAGGCAGUCAAUAAAACUUGAUCCAAAAGGAAAGUCCCUGAGGGAUGAAGAAAUCCUGCAGCACCUCCCUGUUGGCACAACUGCUACCUUAUACUUUAAAGAUUUAGGGCCACAGAUAGGAUGGACUACGGUAUUUUUGAUAGAAUAUACAGGUCCAUUGUUCAUCUAUUUUCUGUUUUAUUUCCGCAUGACUUUUGUCUAUGGACUGGAUGAGAGGUUUACAUCAAGUCCACACCCAGUAGUUAACUUGGCAUGUAUCUGCCAUUCUUUCCACUACAUCAAAAGGUUGAUUGAAACAAUAUUUGUUCAUCGGUUCUCCCGUGGGACUAUGCCACUGAGGAAUAUUGUGAAGAACUGCUUAUAUUACUGGGGAUUUGCAGCUUGGCUUGCAUAUUACAUCAAUCAUCCUCUUUACACUCCUCCUUCUUAUGGGAAAAAACAGAUAAAUUUUGCUGUCAUCAUGUUUCUGCUGUGUGAAGCUGGAAAUUUUUCCAUUCAUGUUGCACUCAGUGACCUCCGGAGGAAUGGAUCCAAAACCUGUAAGAUCCCAUAUCCAACAAAGAAUCCUUUCACAUGGCUGUUUUUCUUUGUAUCUUGCCCUAACUAUACAUAUGAGGUGGGGACCUGGAUCAGUUUCACUAUCAUGACUCAGUGUGUUCCAGUGGGACUGUUCACCUUGCUUUGCUUCAUUCAGAUGACAAUCUGGGCAAAGGAUAAACAUUGCACCUACUUACGAGAAUUCAAGGAUUAUCCAAGUCAUAGAAUGCCAAUUAUUCCCUUUUUGUUGUAAGAAAAGAAGGCUCAAUUUGAAUAUUGCACAGAACUUAAAGAAGAAAAACCUCAUAAAUGUCCUCCCAAAUAAAUGAAUUAAUUAAAAGGAUUUUGGUGCAUGUUGAAUCUCCACUACUAAGGGAAAUUGUAUGCACUUGAAAGCUAGACUUCCUUACGUUCAAGAAUUCUCAACUCAGAAGCACCUUAAAAAAUAAGGCUUCAUUGCACAGCUGCAAAAAAAGCCCCUGCAGUUCACUGUAACCUGCCUUAGAUUUUUCUGUACUAGUCUGUUUAGGUUGAUGGAUCAGAGAUCCUGAGAAGUCUGUGCUGAAAAGCAGCUCUAAAUUUAGCAGUGGCAUUCUGCAAGACAGAAGUACAUUGGAACGAGGACACACCAGCUAGCUACAGAGCUCGGUUCAGCCAGCAUGGCCAGCUGGCCUCAGGACAGUUGCAUGAUCUGCCUUCUUUGACUUGAAGAGAGUGUGCUGCCUGGAGGCAGGUGCUUUGUAACUGAUAACAUUACCAAAGAAUAUGAGUGGUUUCUGGAAUAAAGAAAUAGGCAAUAUCUCAAAAACCUGAUCUGGGUCUAACCCCUAAUUUGCCAAAAGAAUCUGAAGUAAGAAGUACUUGUAGUAUUUGUGAAUGUAAUAUCCUGUGCUGGGUUUUUUUAUUUGUUUUUGGUCUUCUUCAUUAGUAAGUUGCAUACUAGUAAAUAAGAUUCAGAAGCAAUCUAACCUAUGCCAUAUCUUUGAUAUCUGGUCUGUUUUGAUAUAAUAUCUCCUUAUGAUACUAAUUGACCUUUAACCCAGAAUUUUACAUCAGGCUUAUCUAAGUAGUUUUUAAUACACUUUGUAAAUACAUGAAGUGACUGCUAGUCCUCAGAAUGCUCUUCCUAUUUUCAGAGCCAGGGAGAAAAAUGAGCUUCAUUUUGGACUUCCUGUGUUUUCUUUGUCACUGGAUGUUCUGGACUUAGUUGGGUUUUUUGUAAAUCUAGUUAAAAAAGGCUAUUGAAAUCUAUCUGAAUGACAUUUUAAAGAAGCUA